AUUAUAAAUGACAAAAACAUUAGAUUCUGAAUUGUAGGAUCGGAGAAACAGAAAGUGCAGUGUAAUAUUGUUGUCGAACUUAACAUUUACUUUUUACAUGGUGAAAUCACAUAAUUAGUUAUGUUGUCCCGACAGUUGUUAUCUAGACAGCUUUUAUUUUCUCUUCACUCAGCAAGCACACAACUAUGUUGCCCUCCACAGAAUGAUCACAGAGGAAUGUAUAUGAUUGGAUUUAGGAGUUCAAGUUCAUUUGUACAGAGAGCAAAAGAUGUGGUGUCAAAGGGCAAAAACGUUUAUCUGAAAUUUCUGGAAAAACACUUCCCAACACUACACCAGUACCAAAUGCAAGUACUAAAUGGUGCAAUAGAUGUGAAAAGAGACAUUGGAAAAUUUGUUCAAAUAGUCAAAGCAAUUCGAACUGGUAGGAAACUGAGCACUUACAGCAGACAAGAACUCAUGGCUUACUUGGAGAUAUCGCAGCAGAAGAUUAAGGUGGUGCCGGUGGUUACAAUCAUUGCUAUGCCAUUCAGUAUUUUAUUUUUACCAAUUUUAUUUACUUGGCCAGGUAUUUUUCUAACAUCUCACUUCAUGUCUGAUGCACAGAGGACAAGUGUGGAGAUGGAUAAACUGGAACACAAACUCAGCUACUGUGAAAAGGUUCUCGAUGAUUUCGCUCUAAAGGUGGAAAGAAUGCCUUCCCAUAAAACAUCCCGGAGAGCUGCAGAAGAAAUUUUGAAUAAGAUUGAAGACGGAGUCACCAUACGCCCCCAUGAUGCUCUUCACGUCGCUGACAUCUUUGAAGACAGAAAAUACAGUAUGCAUAAUAUACCAUAUAGAUACAGAAUGCAUCUAGCACACUGUAAUGAACUUCGAAUCAAAAACAUGACCAAAGAUACACAAAUCCAGUUCUUCAUUGACAAAGCGCUGGCAAAAGAUACAUCAUCAGUAUUAACUGAUUCAGAGCUGAAAUGGGCUUGCUUCAAACGUGGAGUGAACCCAACAGUGAUGUCAAGAGGUGAACAAGUGAACUUCCUAAACAGAUGGAAUGAAUUCACAAACCUAGUCAAUGAAACACAUAUGCCCUUGCUGCUGCAUGGUGUAGUUUUCCUAGGUUACAACCACCCCAGUAACCGCAAAAUGAAAGAAAAGCUUGCAUUGAAAUGGAAACAGAAAUCCUAGAAUUAGUUGGAAAUUAUUGACAAAAUUAUCAAAGGAGACUAAUUUGUAGACUGUUCAUCACAAAUUUUCUUCUCAGUGCCACUUUCUUUAUGGAAGUGUGUGGCUGGUACCUGAUUAGCUGCAGAACUGUAGCUCUCUGAAAAUAUAUAUUGUGACAGAAUCAGUUCCAUCACAAUAUUUUUUCAGAGAGUUACAGUUCUGCAGCUAGUGCCUAAUUGUUUGUUAUAUAUUGAUUUAUGUUCUUCGUGAAGCAAGAUGUAAUACAUGUAUCUAUCAGUUUAGCUCACCUGGCCUAUAAGCUAUGGUGAACUUUUCUGUUCAAAGCUUGACCAUUGACAAUGUAACUCUUUAAUAUUGAUAUACCAGUACACAAGAUGUGCUUUACAAAUUGAAUUCCAACACUGCUUUGACAGUUAUUGUGCUUCAAUUAAAAUUCCAUGAUUUGCAUAUUUCAACCUCAAUGAUGCAAACCAUCAAGUGAAACAUCCCAAGCGACACGAGAGGUGAUAGAAUAUGUGUAGUACAAAUGUUUUUAUAACAAACUGAUUUGUCAAUUUCAACUCCUCAAAAUUUUUUAAAGUUUUCAACAGAUCUAGUUAUAAAUAAGGAUCACUAUAUGUUGAUUGAUUAAUGAAAAUAAUGAAGUUUGAUUCCAUCCAUGAUUAAUUUAUAAUUAGUUAUCUAAAGCCAAUUGUAAAUGCAUAUAUUACACAGGGUUUCUAGAUGUUUCAGUUUUAUUCAGGUUCAACCUUAAAAAAUUAUAGGUGGUUUGGCCUAUUGAAAAUGUUUUUGCACCAAUCUAAUGUUUUGUCCAACACGUAAGGCUCAAUAAAAAAAAAUACUUUUUAACAAUCUUUUAAAAUAUAACAUGUUUGACUUUCCCAAAGUCAUAGUAUUAUUUUUAAUCAAGCUUGGAUAUUCAAAUUUGUUCAAAUUUGAGUUCAUACUUCCUGCCAUUGGAAGGCUGUUAUUAGUCCCCUACCAACAGAGUCAAACAGGAAUACUAGGGAUCAUUAAAGAUUUUCUCUAUAGAACCACUUGGUCAGAAAUAAUAAAACUUAGAAAUAAAUAGUAUAUGAAAGCAAUUUAAGAAUUCAAUUUGUUGAAAGCAUGAUUCCAAGGCACUUGUUUCAUUAAAGUUGCGAAAUUCUGAACAAUCUUGUGUUUUAUUGGUAUUUGUUGUUUUGGUUCCCACAAUGAGAACAGUGCCGUGGUUGAAGUUUUUAGCUCACCUGAGCUGAAAGCUCAAGUGAGCUUUUCUGAUCACCCGUAUUCCGGCGUCCGUCCGUCCGUCUGUAAACUUUUCACAUUUUCAACUUCUUCUCAACAACCACUGGGCCAAUUUCAACCACAGUUGGCACAAAACAUCCUUCGGUAAAGGGAAUUUUAAAUUGUUAAAAUAAAGGGCCAGGCCACCUUCCAAGGGGAGAUAAUCAAGAAAAGGUAAAAAUAGGGUAGGGUCAUUAAAAAAUCUUCUUCUCAAGAACCACUGGGCCAGAAAAGAUGAAAUUUAUAUGACAGCUUCCUUAUAUAAUGCAGAUUCUAAAUUGUUAAAAUCAUGGCCCCCGGGGGUCGGAUGGGGCCACAAUAGGGGAUCAAAGUUUUACAUACAAAUAUAUAGGGAAAAUCUUCUUCUCAAGAACCACUGAGCCAGAAAAGCUGAGAUUUAUAUGAAAGCUUCCUUAUAUAAUGCAGAUUCUAAAUUGUUAAAAUCAUGGCCCCCGGGGGUCGGAUGGAGCCACAAUAGGGGAUCAAAGUUUUACAUACAAAUAUAUAGGAAAAAUCUUUUAAAAUCUUCUUCUCAAGAACCACUGAGCCAGAAAAGCUGAGAUUUAUAUGAAAGCUUCCUGAUAUAGUGCAGAUUCUAAAUUGUUAAAAUCAUGGCCCCCGGGGGUCGGAUGGGGCCACAAUAGGGGGUGAAAGUUUUACAUACAAAUAUAUAGCAAAAAUCUUUAAAAAUCUUCUUCCCAAGAACCACUGAGCCAGAAAAGCUGAGAUUUAUAUGAAAGCUUCCUGAUAUAGAACAGAUUCUAAAUUGUUAAAAUCAUGGCCCCCGGGGGUCGGAUGGGGCCACAAUAGGGGGUCAAAGUUUUACAUACAAAUAUAUAGGAAAAAUCUUUAAAAAUCUUCUUUCCAAGAACCACUGAGCCAGAAAAGCUGAGAUUUAUAUGAAAGGUUCCUGAUAUAGAACAGAUUCUAAAUUGUUAAAAUCAUGGCCCCCGGGGAUCGGAUGGGGCCACAAUAGGGGUCAAAGUUGGUUUUUUUGUUUGUUUGUUUUGUUGUUUUUUUUUUUGGUUUUUUGUUUGUUUGAUAUAGUGCAGAUUCAAGUUUGUUAAAAUCAUGGACCCCGGGGAUUGGAUGGGGCCUCAAGGGGGCAUCAAAGUUUUACAUACAAAUUUAUAGGAAAAAUCUUUAAAAAUCUUCUUCUCAAAAACCACUGAGCCAGAAAAGCUGAGAUUUAUAUGAAAGCUUCCUGAUAUAGUGCAGAUUAUAAAUUGUUAAAAUCAUGGCCCCCGGGGGUCGGAUGGGGCCACAAUAGGGGGUGAAAGUUUUACAUACAAAUAUAUAGGAAAAAUCUUCUUCCCAGAACCACAAAGCCAGAAAAGCUGAGAUUUAUAUGAAAGCGUUCUGAUAUAGUGCAGAUUCAGGUUUGUUAAAAUCAUGGCCCCCUGGGGUAGGAUGGGGCCACAAUAGGGGAUCAAAGUUUUACAUACAAAUAUAUAGGGAAAAUCUUUAAAAAUCUUCUUCUCAAGAACCAUUGGGCCAAAGAAGUUCACAUUUACAUGAAAGCUUUCUGACAUAGUGUAGAUUCAAGUUUGCAAAAACCAUGGCCUCCAGGGGUAGGUUUGGGGCCAUAAUAGGGACUAUGGUUUUACAUGCGAAUAGAUAUGGAAAAUCUUCUGAUAUGGACCAAGGUGACUCAGGUGAGCGAUGUGGCCCAUGGGCCUCUUGUUUAAGUUGCUAGAACUUGUAACCAAUCCCUUUGUAUAUUUUUGUGCAAUAACAUAUGUUCAAAUCGAAUCAAGUCGAAAGCAAUAUGUUUUACAUGGGAAUAGAAUAGUAAAAUUUUGUAAAGUCUUUUUUAAAAUCUUCAAACUGUUUGGAUUACCACUGAGUUGACUAGCAAUAAAAUGGUAAAAGAUUUAGAUUAUUUAUAUAUACAUAUAGGGGGAGAGAGAAAUCCACACAGGUACCUGUAGUAGUAGUAGCCUUGUUACAUGUGUAACCAAUUCAUAAUACUCCUGAUGAAGAUAGAAACUAGUUGAGUAUAUGCAAUCAGCUUUGUGAUAUUUUAUUUGACAUUUUAUGAUCAUGUAUAUUUAUAUAUGUUACGUACAAGUAUCCUAGUGUAUUGUACAUGUGUCAUAUUACCACAACAAGUGUAUGGGAUCCAGACUGUGUCUGCACAGGAAGAAGAAGAAUGUGUUCCAGGGGUCUCUGUCAUUGUAAUAAACUGUACUAUAAAUCAACAAUAUAGUAUGCUUACAUGUAAUUGAGUAUGCAUUUUGGAGAAAUGAUACCACUAGUUCAUGUAUUCUAAAUUGAUCUUUUUCGAAUACUUUGAGUAAAAACGUUUUUACAGUUAUA